UUAUAUAAAAAAAAAUCAUAUAUAUCUGGAGAAAGAGAUCCGAUUCUUACAAGUGGAUUUCCACUGGGCAAUUCGCAAUGGCGUUGCGACCUGGGAGAAUCCAUCUUCUCGAUUCAAGAGAAAAAGAUAAAGCUUUCUUUAAUCUUCUUCCACCAACAACACCAUCGAAAUCAUUAAACAGCAUCAAAAGCUCCGCACUGCCUGGAAGAAGCACAAGGAUUAUCUUCCACCAAGGGAGCUCCAUGGAAGCCCUAGAAUGGAGGAAAAGGCUCAGAGAAGACAUGGAGUGCAAUGCAGGUGUCAAAAUGCUGAGCUUUUCUUCACCGGAAAACAAAAUUGGUGGAGCAAAAGUGAUAUCGCAGAAAAUCACAGUGCUUGAGAAGCCCAAAAAAACUACUUUCGACCUCCAUCUCAGCAAGAGAGAGUUCGAUUGGGCUAAAGCUGCUCGAUCGAGGAGAAGGUUGACUUCGACGACUCAGCUAAUGCAGCAGAUGUUUCCUCCUCUCUCGUCUAGGUUACUCAGUGCCGACGCCAUUGCAGUGCACGAAAGCAUCGUGUACAUGUCCGCCAAGUUAGUGCUGACAGAUGCUUGGAGUUCUAGCUGCAUUUCUGGUUCUUUCUCGAACUCCAUAGAAAAUUACAUUCGAAGAUUGAAGGUUAUUGAAUCUGAAUUUCUAAGAUUGGAGACUGGUUAUUCGGCACUAGAUGUAAGGAUGGAGUGCCAUGAGUUGGAGAAGCACGCCAUGAUCAUUCGAUUCACUAGAUUCCAUGAAUGCGGGGAGACAGAUCGAGCAGGGUGGCUGAUCCAAACUGCAAACGGGGAAGUGUUACACAGCUUGUUCCAUGCUGCAGGCAGCGAAGUGGUUCCACAGAAACUCAUAGCAGAUUGUGCAGUACUAAUGAAGCUUCUGAAGGGGUUGCACAUCCUAUCCCUCUAGAUUUUCUUGUUUACUCCAUUAACAGAAAGUGCAAAUGGGAUGAAGAAAACUGAUGUAAAUAGAUAGAAUGUGCAUAUCUUUUGGAAGGGGGGCAGCAUAAGGUGCCUAGUCCUGUUUUGUUACAACCAAACGCCUCUAUAUAUUGAUAUGAAUGUAAACUACAUUCGGGUCGACAA